AUGAGCCUCAGUGUCCAGGGUCCAGGUGCUUCCCCAGAAAUAAUUCAUAAAGCAGACUAUCUCUCCACCGUGUUGUUGUUAUAUUCGUCGCGUUUCUCAAUCUCUACCGUCGUUCGUUCCCAUCCGUUCCGCUCGCUGUCUAUCUAUACAGCCACCAUGCAAUUCAAGGCGCUCGCUACCCUCCUUUUCGCCGCCCUGGCCGUGGCCAAUCCUGCUCCGGCCCCUCAGGCUGGCGACCUGAACGCUCUGAUGGGCUCCAUUCCCACCUCUGUCCUCGGCGUCCUCAUGACGGCUAUUCCCCCCUCUGUCGUUUCGGCCCUUGCCAACCCUACCCAGGCCGCUAGCAUGUUCCAGCAGAUCGAGCAAGGACAGAUCCCAGACUGGUACAACAACCUACCCGACAGCGUCAAGGCCUGGGCUACUAGCGCUGCCAUUGCUGAGCUCGGCGGUGAUGUUGCCACCGCUACCCCUGCCGGUUCUGCGUCCACUCCUGCCGUUACUACUUCUUCUGCUUCGUCUUCUUCGGAGACUGCUUCUGGCAACAGCCAGACCACGUCCUCGGGCUCUUCAGGUGCGGCCCCGACCUCAACCUCGACCCCGACCUCGACCCCGAACGCUGCUCCCACCGGCGCCGUGGCCGUCAGCUUUGCCGGUGCAGCUGGUCUGCUGGCUCUCGCUCUUGCCCUGUAA